GUGAAUGAAAACGCAAAUGCUGCUGCAAGAGAUGUUUUUUCCAAUGAAGAGCUAGAUAAAUUAUCGAAGCUGGUUGGAGAAAAAGAGAAGGUUAUAUCAGAGCAAGCAGCAGAGAUCCAAGAAAUGCUGAUGAAGAUUGAAAGUUCAUCUAAGCGAAUAACAGAGUUGACAGCUGAAGUAGCAAAAGCAAAUGAAGGGAAACAGAAAGUUGAAUUUGAGUUUAGUGAAACUGCAGAGAAGUGUUCUGAUUUGCAAAAGAAAUGCACCGGCUUCUUCUACCAAGUUGAAAGUUUGUAUUCAAAGCAACAAGAAUCUGAGGAGGAGAUCUCUACACUGAAACAGACGAAUGAAGAUAUCUGUACGCAAGUUGCUAAGAAAGAAGCCUUGAUGGUCACGAUGAAAGAGUCAGUAAGUUUAGAAAAUACAAAAUUAAAGAAUCAAUUUAAAAGACCAAAAAAUUCUAGCGAAAAACAAGGUAUAACAGCUAUUCUUGAAACAACCAAGCAAUAAAAACCAUUCCUCGAUUUUCUGGGAUUUUUAGUUCAAACGUGUCGAUCCUACAGUAAUACAAAUGAGCUCAAUGAAUGCGUUUAGGUAAUUUACUGUACAUAAGAAGCCGGCGAUGUUUGAAGUGUAGACCUCAAAAUUAGACAGAAAUAUGCAGAGUUGACACUAGACGUAUACAAGAAAAGUAUCAAUGUUUUAGUAAAUUUCUUCUCUUUGCAGUUAAAGGUGUACGAGGAUGACUCCCGACGUGAAAAUGUGAAGAAAGAUGCCAUUCAGCAAAUACUUUCACGUGUGAGACGUAAAACUCAAUCACACAUGGCAACAAUACGUCAUUUUGAAAGCGAAGUAAGAAACACUUUACUAUGGUACAGCAUAGAGAUGAUCAGUGGCGGCGCCAGGCCUCCGAAUUUGGGGGGGGGGGGCAUUUGAGGGGCAAACUCAUAUUUUGGGGGAGCAAGAUUGAAUUUUUAAUAAGUUCCCCCCCCCCAGGAGAUUCGCCCCCCCCCCCUCAAAAGGGGGGCGAAUAUCCUAGGAAUAUCGCCUCCCAGGGGGGUGGGGCAAAUACCCUAAGAAUAUUGCCCCUCUUUAGGAUAUCCCCCCCCCCCAUAUAUGCGAUGUGGUUUAUUCAAAUAAUUUUGUGAUACUUUCAUCUUAUUAGUGCCUUACACGUUUGAGAAUUUAACUAAUGAGUAAUGACAACUUAUAAGCCAUACAUUUUCCGAUAGCGACAAAACGCUUGUGUAGCCUUUAGUCGCUUUUAGUGACUAAUAUUUUUUUUUUGAGGGGGGGGGGCAAAAUCGCAGGGGGGGGAAAUAAUUUGGGUGGGGGGGGGAGGCAUUGCCGCCACUGGAGAUGAUCCGAUUAAUAGGAAAAUAAUUUGAUUAUUUUGAAAUAUCCGGUGGUCGUCCAAUUACUGCAUGACAUUCGUAAUGAAAAUUUGAAAUCUUAGUUCAACUUGCUGAUAAGGAUAUCAAAUUGAAUGUGCCACUGAAGCACAAUGGAAUGUAGCCUAUUAGUCGCUGGGCAACGGCAACUGUAAAUUUUCCCAUUGGUUUAUCUCGGAUGUUGGAUUUUUUCAGCCACAAAUCAAUCUCGUACACAGGCCUUCUGCAUGCGCUUGUUUAACAUGGCUAAUCUAACUUCUAUACCGUAAGAGCUGAGGUGAAGCAAAGUUUUAGCAAAUACGAGAUUUAUGCAAAUGGUACACUAUAACUUCUUUAAAAGAAGGCUAUAUGCUAAUGUUUGGAGCGAAAAUUGUACCAUCUAAACAUGCCCAUAUAUUUCAAUGUAACCCCAGCGACUUAAUGCUCUUUAGUAUAAUUUCAGUAUUGAAAAAUGGCCUUCGAGCGUUCUGAUUGGCUGCCUCAACAGUAACUCUGAGGCAAUAGUUACUGCUCUUGUAGCAGUAACUAUUGCUUUAAAAAAAAAGGCUGAAACUGGUGCUAUUCUAGUUAGUUCGUCUGGAAAGUUUGUCUUGUGUUUCACACAAAGACAGAUAAUCCGUCAGACAGGCGAAUAAACAAUGAAACUUAUUACUUAAAGUAUUUUAUUUCUUAUUUUUCAGAUAGAACGCAUGAGCAAACUCGUAACUCAUGAUAUCGAAAAGAAGGAUACGAAGGUAAAUAAUUGUAUGUAAUUUUUAUAUAUUAAAAUAAAGAUUCUCCCCAGGGAAGUUUAAAUUGUUAGUUAAGAAAAUUAUUAUUCGCGUUAACGGUUUAAUUUGUUUAACAAUGUUCUCAUUGCAGGAUCAAACUUCACAACCGUUUGUGGUGGUGGUGGCAGAUAGUGGCGCCGAUGUUAACGAAUCUAGUACCAGCCGUCAAGCAAAAUCUUCUCCAACCCUUAUUGAAUGUCCGUAUUGUUCAAGAAGUUACCCUUAUCAUCUGAUUGAAGGUCACGUGCAAGACUGUAUGGAGGAUAGCUUAUACAUGGACGAUUGA